UGGUCAUAAUAGAUUAUGGCGUAGUGGAUUGUGUUUUGAAUUGGCAAUCUGUGAUUAUUCCGUUUCUCGUUUUAAUCACUUUGAAUACAUAACAGGUUGUCCUUCACUGCAGAAACGGGUCUGGUCAGUCAACCAUAUGACUAAGACGAAGGCUUUGGCCUGGGGUUGUGUGGGGAAGACAUGAGUGGGGCGGGGCCAGGAGCCUGUGCGGGUCAAAGUUCUAAGGAGGAUACCAACCACACCCUUGAUUCAAACUCCAGUUCUAGCAGUACUGAUUCAACGUCGGGAUCAUCAGACAGUGAAUACAGCUCAUCAGAUAAAGAAUUCUCAAUUCAAGCAACAAACUAUUCAAGAGGACAAUUAAAACUCAAGAUUUCUGCCCGAAGGAAAAGUUCAACGUCACAAACAUCUCCAUCAGCAGAUGAGGACAACAUCCUAUCAGAACUAAGUGACAGUUCUGAGGAAGAUACAGGCUUGUACAAUCAGGAUACUGAGCAAGCAUCAAGAACUGCCAGUGUGCAGUAUGUCAGGAAAACAAGGUGUCCGAAGACUUCAGUCUCAUCUGCAAAUGCAACAACAGACAGUGAUGAUGUUUUCCACAAUAAAGAUAGCUGUCCGGAUCCAGGAAAGCAAUUAGAUAAGAACGGAUCUAAGUCAACUCUUAACACCAGCACAAGUAUCGGAGUUAAAAAGAAAACAAAUAGCAACGAAAAUGAUCAACCUCCAGUUGCUUGUGCUAGUCAAUCUCUGUUAAACAAGUGUUCUAAAGAAGUUGAUGAGGGUGGUAAGCUAAAUCCAAAUAGCAAAACUAGUAGUAAAGCUACAAAAGGAAAAUCACCCUCUUUGAAUCAACAUAGUAAGAAAUCUUCCUCAAAAGGUUUGAAUAAGAAAUCAUCAAAGUGUGGCACAGCUGAUUUCACUCAGUUGAAGAAAACCUUGACUGAGAAAAUGGCGGCUAAGGAAACUGACAAGCAAACCAGAACACCUACACCGAUAGAAAAGAGAAAUAUGGGUGAUAUGGAUGUAGAAAAAAUAAAAAAUUGUGAAGAAAAUGAGUCGGCUGGAAAUCAUGUUUCGAAUACCUGUGAUAAGGAUUCUCAAAAUAGUGAAAUUAGAAGUGACAUGACUUCAGAAAUAAAAAGUUCAACUGCACUAGAAGCUGAUGGCACUGGCGAUCCCUCGGCAAGGGACAGUCUAGACAACAAACAACAUGAUAACAUAUUUGAAAGAAUGACGGCAUUUGGAUUUCUUCCCCCUAGUGAGACGAGUAACAAUACUAACAACAGUAGUAAAUGUGAAACAUCAACCAAGCCAAUCAAAAAGAGAGUUAAACCUGGUCGACCUCCUAAAAAUAAGUCCCAAUCGUUAGCGAACAAUGACCGAACUCAAGUUGUGCCUUCUCAUGACAGUGACAAAACAAACUGUAGUGAGCCUGAGGACAAGGAAACUAGGUACAAUACGGACGAUUAUGAAUCUCAGUUAGUAGGAUCUAGACCUUGUGCUUCUGAUGUCAGUGAUAACUUGCUAAGACUGGAUAAUAUGGCUUCAAAUGUGUCACCGGACAGUGGAAUUCAUGAUCAGUCCAUCGCAGGGUCACCUGUAGGGAAUGAAUCGCCAAACUCGGGGACAUUGUCAGAUACUGGUUCACACAAUAAUCAGCAUGUGUUGCAAGAGCCAUUGUGUAUUCCCACAUCAGUGAUAAUGUCCACGGGUAUGUCUUCUGCGUCAUCCACCAUAUCUGAAGUUCAACCUUCCAAAGGUUUAUCUUGUGGAGCUGACUCGCUAUCAUUACAUAGAACUGAAAGUGUAAACUCAUCAUCACAAUCGAAAUCCCCAAACUUAGGAAAUGCAUUAGGUGUCCCCAUUAGCCAUAAAUCUUUGUCGCCGUCACGGGCGCACCUGAUGUCUGACACAACUAAGACAAUGGACACCAGUGGAUGUGACAGUGAAACCAGUGACACUCAUGUUUUCAGUGAUGUCCAUGUUUUCAGUACAUAUAGUCCCAGUCAUUCUUCAUCGUCGCCCUCACCUGGCAAGAAAAAGCAAAGGGUUGGCAGGCUUCCUAAAAAGCAUGAGUUUUUAAGGAAACAUAAAAGCAGCAACCUGUUAAAGACUGGUCAAAUGCCUACUCAAAUAGAGAAUUCUAGUCCUUCAUCACAGAUUCUGGACUUUAAUGAAAGGCUCAGCUCUCCUGCUUCUGUGUACGACAUGACUAACUUGGAUGUGUCACCAGAGAAUCCUGGACUGUCUGCGCGGAAAAAAAUUAAGUUAGAUAAUCCUACAAAAAUUGUGAAAAAGAGAUUAAAGAAAAGUUCAAGCAAAGAGACACUGCCGGAAAAAAAUGAGAUUAAAAAGAAAAGGGGUCCAGGCAGACCCCCUGGUAAAACGUCUGGCAGACCACCCUUGUCUAGUAAAACUUUGCAUGUGACAAGUACAACUAUCAAAAAGCGUGGUCCUGGAAGGCCACCAGGUACAGGGAGGCCGAUAGUGAAAGUUAAACGUGGCCCGGGAAGGCCACCAAAACCGAAAGAUAUAACAGUAGAGAAGCGAAGUCCUGGACGGCCAAAGGGCUCAAAGAACAUUAAGAAAAAAACAGAAAACACCAAUGUUGGGUCUACAGAGGUUCAUUAUCAUUAUCAUCACCCUGUGGCAGCUACAAGUCAAACAUUUUCAAGUGUUUAUCACCAGAGUUCUGUUUCUCAUGAGUUGUUAAAACUACCUGAAUUAGAUAUACCAGAAGUUCUCCCUAUUUCUGAUGCAGCAUUAGAGCUUGAUCUGUCCAAUAUCUCACCAUCAAAACUUUCAGACUUUUCCCCAAGCAAACUGUCUGAUAUUUCUGCUGUGUCACAGUCACCUUACAAAUUAUCAGACAUGUCACCUCCAAAACUGUUAGACAUUUCACCAGCAAAGUCGUCCUCAAGUGAAUCAGUGAAGCGGCCAAGAGGUAGACCUCGUAAACGUCCUUUACUUGAUUUAGACAAAAGCGUGAAAACAGGUAGUGUGAAAUUAACAUCAGGGAAAGUUGACGAUUACGAAUUUGAUACACUUAUUCAAAGUGUACAAGAUUCUAUUAAGUCACAGUUUUCACCGCAGAUGGAUCAGGAAAUUCAGGAAAAGAUAGAAGAUGAUUUGGAAACCAUAGAGCCAACUUUGGCACCCAUAUCAUUGUCUCCAAUACCAAAUAGAUCUCCAAAGAUAGUUCCUAAAAUACGCAAACCAAAACUCCAUGUGAUGAUGCGGAAGCACAAAAAGCGGGGAAGGAAAAAGCAUAAGCCUGUUGUCCCCAAUACAACUGACUUUAGUAGUAGGUUUUCAGCUUUAGGCUCUAAAUUCAAGCUUGCCAGCGCAAAGACAGCUUUGGGUUUUGUAGACAAAAGCAGUCAGAUGUUUACCUCGAGGAGUUCACUCGACUCAAAUACCAGUGGUAGUGUGCAAAGUGGACCAACAUCACCAUGUAGAGAUUACCUGCGGAAAAUCAGAUUCCAAGCAAAGCAGAGAAGGAAGAAGAUCCUUUUCUUCAAGUCAAAACACAAAAAUAUUGUUGAUCCAAUGUUUUUGUCAGAUUUGGAAUAUGUGGUGAACAAUUUUCAUUGCUUAGCCAUAUCUGACCGUGAGGAAACCUUCAUCCGUGUGAAACCUGGAGAAGUGCCAUUACCUAGUAUAUUCAAACUCACCAAAAUCAAUGUGAAACCUAAGAAAAAAGACCAAAGGUUGCUUGGUGGAUUUGUGGAAAUGGAGCGUGAAAAGCCGAAAAAAAUGAAAGCCAGGAGAGAAUUUGAAUUCAUCGAAAAGUGGCUCGCUAAAGAGAAACUGAAAAGUGUAAGGAAGAAAAGUUUCUCCAUUGAUGACAAGCUCCCAUCUCCUACAGACAUCAACAUCAACAGUCAACAAUGCUUACCCCCAAAGAAACGACACAAGUUGUUCUCUGCAUCUCAGGCCAACAUUAUCAUGCAACAUCAAAGCUUGCUUCAAAAGCAGGUGGCUGAUACAGAGACACCAAACCCCAUCAAACCUCCCGAAAAAAGAAAACCAGGCAGGCCUAGGAAGACACCGUUGCCUCCUGUGGUUUCAGCAACAGAUGCAGGGAGGUCAGAACAUCAGACGUUGCCUGCAAAGCUGGGUGCAGCGCCUGCUGUAAAGCGGGGUAGGAAACCCAAAGUUGUUGUUGAAGCUCCACUGCUUGCCAACACUGCAAGUUCAACAUGUACUGAGGCACAACAGAGUGCUGUCAGUGUGAAUAAAGAGGUCUGUAGUACAAACUGUUCUAAUCAUGUGACAGUACAAAGUUGUGUCAACCCAAAAAGCCUAUCUGAACAAAGUUUGAAUGCAUGUCAUGUGCAGGAUCAUCCAAAUGUUCAUUUUGCAGAGUCUGUUAAUUUUGACACUGAGAAAAGUAAAGAUUCUUCAUGCACCGAGUGUAGUCAGCUACAGGCGACUGUCCCGCAACCAAAACGACGGGGGCGCAAACCAAAGUAUGCUCGUGUGGAAUCAAAUUCUAGUCCCAAUGCCAGCAAUUCAGCUGCUGCAGCAAAAUUUUCUUCUAAUUCUUCUGUGGCAGGAAGAAUAAAGAAAAUUUUACUUCAAAAAGGCAGGCGUAUAGUGGGUAAAGUUGGAAGACCAAGAACUAAAAAUCUCAUUGACAGUGGUAGUAAGAAUGAUACAAAAACUACCAAAAAGUGUGGACGUUUUACAAAAAUUUUACAUAGAAAAAAGUCUCAUUCUCGGUUAAAGGAUAGUGAUUUUGUCUCGCCAUCGGAUAAAAAGGUGGAUAGUGCUAAUUCUCAGGAGGACAAAGUUGCCGAAUGCAAGUCUGUAGACACAGUAGAGGCUACUAUUGAAUCUGUGAUAAGGUCGGUGAGUUCCUCGUAUGAACCUCUGCCUUCCCCAAAACAGCAGCAGCAAGAGAGUGCAUCAGACAAUGUAGUUGAUAGCUCUAAGGAACCAAAGAGGAAGGGAAAGAAGAAGCGAGGAUUUAGAAAAGCGGACACUGGAAAUGUAUCUGAUUCUGAGACACCACUGGAAGGGGCUGCAGGGAAGAAAAAAGAAUGCCCCCAAAUGCCAAAGAAAAAAUACCAGAAAGCAGGCCUGUUCUCCGAUCACUACAAGGAAGAAGAGCCGAAGAAGAAAUCUGCUGAUCCUGUGACCCGGACCAAAGAAAAGGUGGUGUAUGCGUGCAGAGUCUCUCAGCACAAGCUGCUUCCGCCCCCUCUACAUGUGGGAAAAUAUUUACGGGAGACAGUGUCUGAUUUUGUCCUCCCCUAUGAUAUAUGGUGGCAGCACGAGCAUGAUCUGCUUUCCAAGAAGGAAGAAGCAGUGACCAAGUACAAGAAAAUACGAAACAAUGUACACGAUGACAUAAAGCCAAUAUGCCCAUAUGAGACCCAUCCAUGUAACUGCAAGCCUCCGGAAGAGGAUGUGGUCCAGGGUUGUGGGGACGACUGCCUCAACAGACUCAUCUAUACCGAGUGCAACCCCCUUGCCUGUCCUUGUGGGGAACGAUGUUCAAAUCAGAAGAUCCAGAAGCAUGAAUGGUCACCAAGCCUUAAGAAGAUUACUACAGAGGAUAGGGGAUGUGGGGUGAAGUCUCUGGAACCGAUACAUACAGGUCAGUUUAUCCUGGAGUACCUUGGAGAGGUAGUGAGCGAGCAGGAGUUCCGACGCCGCAUGACGGAGAACUACUCCCAGGAACGUCACCACUACUGUCUCAACCUGGACAGUGGGGCACUCAUAGACGGUUACAGGAUGGGUAACAUUGGACGCUUUGUCAACCACUCAUGUGAACCCAACUGUGAGAUGCAGAAAUGGAAUGUGAACGGGUACUACAGAAUGGCCCUGUUUGCUCUCAAAGAUAUACAAGCAGGGAGAGAACUGAGCUAUGACUACAACUUCCACUCCUUCAACAUGGAUAGCCAGCAAAUCUGUAAGUGUGGAAGUGAGAAGUGUCGAGGAGUCAUUGGGGGUAAGACUCAGAGACUGAAUGGUCAGAGCAAGGAAAAGGCAACUCCUCAGAGACCUGUUGGCCGCCCUCCCAAGGACAAACGCAAGUCUAAAAAUAGACUCAAGAAAUUUAGAGAAAAACAACGACUGGCACAGGAGCAGAGUGCUACUAUCUUCCCAACCAUUAAGCCAAUGUCCCACACAGAAAGAUGUAAGGCUCGGAAACACAGUAUUUUUCUGGUCAGGAAUAUUGACCGGGUACGACAGCUCCGCAGUAGGGUCUCCAGCUCCCUCACCAAGGAUGGAGAUUUUGCAAAGUCUGGGAGCUUCAGCAAAACUGACGUGUUCAUCACCCAGCUGACUGCACUGAAAACAUCACGGUCUGUAAGGACAAGACGUCUUGCCCUGGCAGAGGAGAAUAGUGAACUGACCCAAACAGCAAGGCUGGCUCAAGUGUUUAACACCAUCAGAAAAGCUGUUGUUAAUUACAGAGAUGAAGAUGCAAAAGAGCUGUCCGCCCAUCUCAGUCUGCCAUCCAAAAAGAAACAUCCAGAAUACUUCAAUGUCAUUGAGAAUCCUAUAGACUUCAAUAUGAUUGAGCGCAACAUUGGCAGUGGACAGUACAACUCCCUGGAAGCCUUUGAUAAAGACAUGACCAGGCUCUUCAAAAAUGCUGAGAGGUACUGUGGACGGUCGUCUUGGAUGGGUCUCCUGGUGCUGAAGUUGAGGAAGGUAUACCUGACUGCCAAGGCAGAGGCCUUGCCCCUGCUGGAGGACGUGUUGGGAGAGGGCAACGUCCAGUCGUUAACAGAGAACGAGACCACUGAGGGCACAGACAACAUUGAUUCCAUGGAAGAGGAGGAAGAAGAAGAGGUAAUCAGAUGUAUCUGUGGAAUUUACAGAGACGAAGGACUCAUGAUCCAGUGUGAAAAAUGUUUCAUCUGGCAACACUGUGACUGCAUGAAGGUGGCAGGGGAUGUAGAGAACUACCUGUGUGAGCUUUGUAAUUCCAGGCCUGUCGAAAAGGAGAUCCUGGCUGACCCCCAGCCAGACGAUGCUACUCCAGGUUGGGUGUACUAUAUGACACUGAUGAGAGACGAGCUACAGAUUCGUGUGGGUGAUUGUGCCUACGUGUUACGGGACGUACCAGAAAAAGUCGGAGUGGAGAUUGACUCUGUGAAAACCUCUCAGAAACUUGUGACAGAAAUCGGCAAGGACAAGUUAGAUAUAUUUCGCAUUGAAAGGCUGUGGAAAGAUGAAAAGGGUGACAAGUUCGCGUUUGGCCACCAUUACUACCACCCAUAUGAGACAUUCCAUGAACCAUCGAGGAAGUUUUUCGCUAAUGAGGUCUUCCGCGUACCCAUCUACGAGAUUGUUGCUUUUGGCAGCAUAGUAGGAGGGUGCUGUGUGGUAGACCUAAACACCUUUUGUAAAGGUCGGCCCAAGGGCGUGCGUGACCAGGACAUCUACAUCUGUGAAUACAGGCUCGACAAAACAGCUCAUCUCUUUUACAAGAUAUCCAAGCACCCAUAUCCUAUUAACACCAAGUCUUACUGCUUUGAUAAGUAUGAGACACGACUGAUACCAAAGAGGAACUAUUCGCCACAUGAGGUUCCCCAGGCCUACAAGAGGCGUGGCCCUGGCGAGGGUAAGAGCCUAGAGGCUAAUGGCUCCACCUCGGAGGCACCAAAGAAACGACAGCGAGCCAGGCGUCCAGGCUUGCAAUCCAAAGAUGAAGCUGACGAGGAGAAACUAUUGAUCCGAAUUCAGUCACAAAAGGUAGAGAUCAAAGAUAAAAAAGAACAGAAGGAGAGAUUGAACAAGGUUAUGUUAAAGCUCCUGUCUGCCGUUCCAGUCAAACAACGGCUGGAUUUGUCAUACCUCCUGGAGGAGAAACGACAUCGCAAGAAACCACAGAUGCAUGAUGUAUGAGUGGGUGUGCCUUGUGUGAUCGCUCAUCCAUGUCACAUCUGAAUAUUUCAUCAAUUUGCGAAGUUUAUGUCAUGUCAAGAUCUACAGUUGACAUGACAUUGAAGAAUUAAGAAAGAAACUGGAUAUUAAUCAAGCAGGCUAUUAGAAAUGAAAGUCAUGAGGAAUUAAUGAGAUUUUACUGGAUGAGAAAUUGUUAAAUGGACUCGGGAAGAAAAUUCAAGGCUCUUACAGAACAAGAACUUUGAGGAAAUGUUGUCGUGGUUUUGUUAAGUUAUUGUUAUCAUAUCGAAUAUGAUGAUAAAUGUUAGAGUGAUGAUCUCUUCGAAUUCGCAAGAUCUACUAAAUGGGAGGCAAGAAAUAUUAUUUGACCCAAGAUCUUGUAACAGUUGCACUGAACUCCAUUCAAUGUUUGUUCUGUGUUAAGGAUGUCUGUUUAAGAUGGAGAAAAAGAAACUUAACUUUCGAUAUAGGAAAGUUCUUUGAACAUCAAAUGUUCUGUUUUUAUAAAGUUAAAAAAAGUGUUCAAACAUGAAAAGUGGGAUUUUAAUUCAGGCAAUAAUGUCUACGGCCAUAUCAUCAGCGGUGCUGUGCUUACCACAAUGUGUAUACAUGUGCCAUAUACUUGUAGAUUUAGGGUGAUUUUCGUUUUCUUUUGUGCAGAGUACAGUAUGUGUGCAAGUCUCUGCUGACAAAAUGCAAUAUGAAGCUACGCAUAAACGUUUAUUUUGGAAACUGUGAUAACACGAAGGUUGGUUUGAUGAAGUGACAAUGGCUGGACAUCAUUUAUCAUGGCAUAAUAUUAAUAAAUGAAUGGAUCUGACAUGUUCGACUGAUCUCAAAUGAUACGAGGGAUCUCGGAACACCUCUUGGGAUCCUUAGGGCAAUAUCAAGAAGAUCAUCAGGGAUCAUAAAAGUCACUGAGGACUUCAGGUCAUGGUCAUCGAGGAUAUCCAGGUCAUCAGGGUUUGAAGGUCACAAGAGAUCUCAAGACUGAUAGACAUACAUGAGGAAGAUUUAUGUAUAACAUGUUCUUUCAAGUAUUGGAAGUUCCACAAAAUGGCACAAAUUUCAGUAUUACCAGUUACUAGAAUUGUAAUAUUUCUUCUUUGCUGAAAAAUUGGGAUAUAUGCAAGAGUGCAUAAUCAAUAUAUGUUGACAAUUUUGUAUUUUUAACAAUCAAUCAGAUUUAAAGCAAAAGGGGGUGUUUCUACAAAUCUUUAUUAUUUUGUAUUUUUAAGCAUCAGAUAUGAUACACAUAAUUUGGAUAUUUGUGUUUCUAUAUCUUUUUCUAUGUUUUUAAAAGUACAGCAAUCACAUAUGAAGCCUGAUUGAAGGUGUGAUUUGGAUAUAUUCAAAGUUGUAGACAAGGAAACUAACAUGGAUGACCGAUUUUGAAUCAAGUGAACUUUUUACUUUGAUCAAUGUUUUUUAAAAUGUUUUUAUUUUAUUAAAUUCGCAUGAUUUUUUUUAAAGUAAAUAAUUGCAUGUUUUUUUUAGUUAUAUACAGCAUUGACAGUUUGUUAGAACAGUACUCUUUCAACGUUGUUCUAUGUCAUUGAAAUGGAGAAAAAAUCAUUUCUUCUGUUGGAAAUCUACUACAGUAUGUAAAUGGUUGUACUGUACAUGUAUUUCUUUUUACCAAAAAAAAGUUAACUUGAAGUGAUUAAUUAUAGUAAAAAAACCACCCGAAAAUGCCAUUUGAUUCAAAGAAAUUAAAAAAAUCCAGGUAUUAUGCUAAUCACAGAACUGCUGAAAAUUAUUUGUGAAGUUUCUUGAACAAAAACCAAGUAAGAAGUAAUUUCCAAAAUUGAAUUCAAUUUCUUUUCAAUUCUAGAACAGUGAUCCUAUGUAAGGUGAAAUUUGAUUGUUAUGAAACCAGAUGAAUAAAUCUUCUCUUAGCAGAUGACGGGGAAGAAAGAAUCUCAGUAUAGAAAUAAAUCUAUAUAUAUAUAGAGUGCAUAUGUAUUUAAACGAUAGUACAUCUAGUUUUUUGUAAUCACCCAGCACCUAUUGAUAUAUUGUCCCACUCUUUGCAAUACAUGUAUCCUUGUUAUAAUUCAAUACGGCAUUGGUUGUGGUAGAUUUUACUGAGGCAGCUAUUCACCAUAGACUGUAUGUAUAUAUACCUAUCUCUGGGCUCAAUGCAGACACAUUAAACCAUAUAUAACCAGUUAUGUUUAGCUUAAAACUUACGGGAACAAUGACAAUAAUUUCAUCCGUUGAUAUGUCAAGGAAGUAAUGGUUAGAAAUGCUAUAGAAAACACCUGUGAAAAGCCGUGAAGUCAUUACUUUAGAAAUCAUAAUUGUUUAAUCUCUCAAAACAAAAAUGUGAACAAAACAUCAGCUGCCCUUAUCAAAUAAAACAAAGUAAUGAGAGAACACUCAGAAAACCGUUCUCUAGCUAAAAAGGAAAUAUUAACUGCCUCCUGACUUUAAAUAGGCAUAGCUACAUAUAUAAGUAAGCUACCAAAAUACUUAUUCCGCUCUAAAAAGUAAAAAAAAAUAACCAUGAAUGACUUUCCAUGUCGAUGGUUAAGUACUAUUUCAGCUUCAUGUUUAUUUGUAUGUGUAAUGCAAAAAAGGAAGAAUAUUCCAAGUUUGAUAAUAUGCUACACUUGAUUACCAAAUAAAAUAGAUUUAAUGAGAUGAUUAAAGAGAAACUUGUUCUGAGUAUUUUAAAUUCGAAGUUAAUUUUUAUAAAACAACCGUAACAUUGGAAUUUAAAACUUUGAAUACCAAAGAUGAUUGAGUAUUUUUAUAGCUUUUGAAUGUCAUACUCAGGUUAAUUUUCAUGUGAUAUAGAAAUAACAGCAUUUGGGGAAAACUGGCAGAUACAGAUUUUAUAGCAAAAAUAGAGUAUUAAGGGUUAUUCAACAAUUACCUGUUUAAAUUCAGCAAUUACCUAUUUAAUAGCUUCAAAUAACCAUGAACACUGUAUUUGUCUUGGAAAAAUUUCAUGUUUAAAGAUUGAAAACUUGUUUUUUUAAAAGGACAAAAGUGGAAUCGGCAUUCUUUGUUCAAUUGAUCAAAGUUAUUUGCAAUAAACAUAUGAAUGUCACAUU